AAGUAACGAGUUUAUAGUUUUUGAAAGGCGCAUCUGGAGAUCAACCUAAUGGGCUGCUUAUUAGGCCCAUGAUAGGUUAAUCGAAGCCUUUCCAAACCUACAAUCUCAUCAGUCUCCCCUUCCGCUAUAAAUAAAGCAAGUAAAACACACUAUCCUUGUACACUCGCUUUUUUACACACUCCACUUUACAAAAGCAAAAGAAAAACAGCUAAAACAGCGUCGUUUCGAGGAUGAACAAAGCAGGCAGCUCCGGCGGAGGCCCAGGAUAUUCCCACAAAGACUGGCCGAAACACUUUCCACCAAUCCCGAGGAACCAGUUCCAGAAAAGCGGUAACCAGUCUGUGUACGAGGUGAAGGAGACGAAGACCGCACGCGUUGCUAGGAUAGACACGCCUGGUUGCACCGUGUCAAGCCUCACCUACUGGAUCGACGGCAGAAACCUCCACUUCUUCGCCGGCGAACCCGACAUGCCCGAGUACGGCUACGACGGACGCAAAUACGGAGGGACGAUGGUGUUCGAUCCAGUGGCUUACGAUAUGGAGAAAGCUAGGGCUAAGCUUGUCAACGGAGUCCUCUGGAUCACCGUUCCCAAGAUCCAGCGCGUGAAUGCCAAGGCGGUUACCAUCGAGAAGAAGGUGCUGAACUUCAAGACCACAGUAGACGACAUGGUUUGAUGUGAGCCCGUACGUACGUCUUUUGUCUUUAUCUCCGUGUGUCGUGGCACUUGCCUCUCGUUAUGGUGUCUUGCUAGGGUUUAUGGUCUAGUCUUCUCUAUGACUUUUUUUUUUUUUCGUUUCUGUUUUUUUAAUAAAUGUGUAUCUGUGACGUGGACUUUGUUGCAUGUGGUUUGUGUUAAUCUUUUAUCGUUUAUGGUUAAGUGUGUCUUUUUCAAUUUCUUCUACGUAAAUGUCAUCAAAAACAUGUCUUUGAGUUUAUAACGA